GAGACUAACUGAAACAGAACACACUUAAAUGUAGAAGUCCAGCUCUUACCAGUUCCCUGCUGGGGAUGAUCAGAAUAUAGUGGCUGUGUAGCCCCCUCUGUAAAGGAUUAGGUCUAGUGAUCUCCAUUUCCACAUAUUCACUGGUUUACCUACCCUGCGGCCUCCCUACCUUUCAUUUCCAUCCUCUUCAAAGGAAGCGUCGGCGUUAUACCAAAAGAAAUCAGCAUAUUCCAAGUAGCAUCCAGUGUUAAUAGGCAGAAAUUAAAUAUCUAUCUUCAAGUUUCUAGUUAGGUGCGGAAGUGCAUAACUUUGGAGACGAUGUUGGUGCUAAACUGCUCCACCAAAUUACUUAUACUGGAGAAAAUGUUGAAGAGUCACUUUCCUGAAUCACUCAAGGUUUAUGGAGCGGUGAUGAACAUAAAUCGUGGAAAUCCCUUUCAAAAGGAAGUAGUAUUGGACACAUGGCCGGACUUCAAAGCUGUCAUCACCCGGCGACAGAGAGAGGCUGAGACAGAUAACCUUGACCAUUACACUAAUGCAUAUGCUGUGUUCUACAAGGAUGUCAAAGCUUACCAGCAGCUAUUGGAAGAUCGUGAUGUUAUUAACUGGGACCAAGUUUUUCAAAUACAAGGGCUGCAAAGUGAAUUAUAUGCUGUUUCCAAAGCCGUUGCCAAUGCAAAGCUGUUGGAUUUGGAUAUAAAGCUGACUUCCUUCAAGGCUGUCCAUUUUUCUCCUGUUUCAUCUGUGCCAGACCAUGGUUUCCUAGCUGGGCCUUCCCCGAGACUGACCUACCUAAGUGUCUCAGAUGCUGAUCUCCUCAACCGGACUUGGUCACGUGGCGGCAACCAGCAGUGCCUCCGAUACCUAGCCAAACUCAUCGCCUGCUUUCCCAGCGUGUGUGUGCGUGAUGAGAAGGGAAACCCAGUGUCCUGGGGUAUCACAGACCAGUUCGCCACCAUGUGUCAUGGCUACACCCUACCUGACCAUCGCAGGAAAGGUUACAGCCGAUUGGUGGCCCUCACACUGGCCAGGAAGUUGCAAAGCCGUGGAUUCCCCUCCCAGGGAAACGUCCUGGAUGACAACGUGGCCUCUAUAAACCUCCUAAAGAGUGUCCAUGCUGAGUUCUUGCCUUGUCGUUUCCACAGGCUUAUUCUCACCCCUGCGUCUUUCUCUAGACAAGCUCACCUUUAGCUCAGAGAAACUCCAAGAAUAUUCUACUUUCUCUGAGCAUAAACCCUCUUUAAAUGAAGUGUGAAUUAAACCAAGAGAAGCAUGUCAUUGAAAGGGGCCUGAAAAAAGUAUGCAAGAUCACCCUGAGAAACUGUUUCUGUCUUAGAUUUCCACCAUCAAGAACUCUGGGGGCUGGGGUACCAGUAGGUGUGUCUCAGAAUAGAGGGUGUGUGUCCUCUGUUAGGACCCACCGCAGGGAAGAAUUCUUUAAAGCCAGCCAUUCCUGGCCUAUGUUAGAAACGUCUGCAUGAGAAAGAGUGAUUUAAUGUGGGGCCAUUGGCCUCCUGCUCCACAGUCUCCAACCACGCCAGCCCCUCCUGCUGUAAAAUCCUUUUGGUCCCAGCUGGGUAUCUGAGCAACCUGUCCAAGCUCUUGGUAGGGGACCAGCCAUUUUCCCCUUCAGUGACUGACUGCGGGUGCAGACAGUUAAGCUAUGGUUCUUCCCUGGGAGUGUUUGUGGGUAGUGGUUCUCACAGGUUCCUGUUUAUCAGAAUCACCAGGAGGAGAGGUUGCAGCACAGAGGCCGACCCCUCUCCCAUAGCUCCUGAUGCAGGGAGCACCUGGGCAGGGCCUGAGAAUUUGCAUUUCCCAGUGUUCCUUCUCAUUUGCCUUGAAUAGGUGAACAACUGUGAUCAGAAGACCAGACCUUACCCAUGACUGUUCUAGACCUUAUCCAUGAACUGUUCCAGACCUUACCCAUGACUGUUGCAGACCUUA